AAAUGAUCAGAUCAUGGAUUAAACCCUAUAAAUUUUGAAAAGAGUUUAGACAGAACCUCUCUCGGAAUUAAGAAAUGGCCGAUAUGUCUCGUGCACCCAAGUUGGAGGCUCGCACCGUCUACUUGAUAUGGUAUGGGGCACGAGAUCGGCUUUCGCGUUUACGAAAUCGAACAAGACUUAUGUGUUAUGAUGCUUCUUAUAUGGUCACCUAGAUCAGCGCAAUCAAGUAUAAAAUCUGCUUGAAACCCUGUCGAAAAUUCCUGAAAUCACUACAUUCUUCCAACCGAAAACCAAAGCCUCUUCGUUUACAAAGAAAAUCUUGCUGAAAUUACUUCCAUCUGUGAUUGAAUAUGGCCUCUGUCAAUGAACUACCUUCACCUCGCUUGGUCGUGACUACACACACCAAGGAUGGUGCAUCCGUCUUCUCUAGGGACGAGCAGAUCACGCCUUUCAAACCCUUCGGACCGCAAGGAAGUGGCUUUUCAAGAUUCCACUCCCGGCUUUCAGUCCCAGUGUCAAAUAUCAAUGAUCCCCCAAAUCUCGCAAACACGCUUCCUCGAUGCCCCCCGAACGGAGUCCUGUUCUGCACCACGGAUAUUCCUCCCAACGGCAGGGCCCCAUUGCACCGGACUUUGUCGCUCGAUUAUAUCGCCGUCAUGUCCGGAGAGAUUGUUCUGAGAUUGGAUAGUGGAGAGGAAAAGACGGUCAAGGCGGGUGAAUAUAUCGUCCAGAAGGGGGUCAACCAUGAAUGGAUCAAUCGUUCGCAAAGCGUCUGUCGGCUGUUGUGUGUCAUGGUAGGCAGCCAAAAGAUUGUGCUCGAUAACGGAACAGCGUUGGAGGAGACUGUGAUUCCAAAGAAAUGAAUGAGGAACGACUUUUUGAAUGCAACCAAGACACUUGGAGGAAU